UGUGCGUGGAGCCUCAAACUGCGUGUGUGCACUGCUACCGAGGCGCAACGCACGAACUGGCAUUGCAAACGAGGGGCAUCCAUGCCGAGGCAAGGCGUCGUCAUGCUGCUGGCCGUGGCCCGGGCUCUGAGGCCGGUCGCCCGCAGUGUCAGGACCCCGGUGCGACCACGGAGCACCGUCGCCGAGGCGGAGUCGCGCUUCAUUACGGGGCACCCGGACUGCAACGUGACGCCCUACAUCGCCAAUUUAGUAGGGCGGGACCUCCAUAAAAAAUCAGCGCACCCGCUGGGCAUCAUCAAGGAUAGGAUCGAGGCGUACUUCGCGGGCCUGGAGACGAGUUAUGACGUGUUCGACGGUGAGGACCCCGUCGUGACGACGACGCAGUGCUUCGACGAUUUGAACAUCCCGCCGGAGCAUCCCGGUAGGUCUAAAUCCGAUACGUACUACCUCACGGACACCGAACUCCUAAGGACGCACACGUCGGCGCACCAGUCCCAGCACCUGCGCCAGGGCCACGAGGCCUUCUUGUGCACGGGCGACGUGUACCGAAGGGACGAGAUCGACGCGUCGCACUUCCCCGCGUUCCACCAGAUGGAGGGCGUUAAAUUAUUUAGUGAGGAAGAGAUGAACGGCCAGACGGACUUUUCGGACAAGGAGGCCUGGCUCGCGUCGCCGGAAUGCGAUAUUGUUGCGAAGGACCUGAAGGCGACGCUCGAGGGCCUGAUCAAGUACGUUUUUGACGAUCCCGACUUACAAACAAGAUGGCGCGACGACUACUUCCCCUUCACGGAGCCGUCCUUCGAGCUGGACGUCUUCUACCAGGACGAGUGGUUGGAAGUCUUAGGUUGUGGUGUGAUUCACGCGGACGUGCUGGACCGGUGCGGCCUCGCGUCGAGAAGGGGCUGGGCCUUUGGUUUGGGGUUGGAGCGGCUGGCCAUGGUCCUCUUCGCCAUCCCGGACAUCCGACUGUUCUGGACGGACGACGAGCGCUUCCACAAGCAGUUUAAGGCUGGCCAAGUAUCGACGUUCAAGCCCUACUCGAAGUAUCCCCCCGUCUUCAAGGACAUUGCGUUCUGGUGCCCCGAGUCCUACGUCGAGAACGACUUCAACGAAUUGGCGCGAAGCAUCGGCGGCGAGCUCAUCGAGCGCGUGGAAAACAUCGACACGUUCACCAAUCCAAAAACGGGCAAGACCUCGAACUGCUACCGCAUCACGUACCGCUCCAUGGACCGGUCGCUGACGGACGUCGAGAUCAACGCGCUCCAGGAUUCGUUGAGAGACGAGGCCGCUUCUGCUUUAUCCGUCGAGCUGCGCUAGGCCACAGUAAGGUUAGUUAUAUCA